AUGGAUGAGAAAUGCCCAAUGAUGGCGGAAACUUCCUUGGAAGACAAAGCGAUAGCAGAGGGUGCACCUCGCAUCAAGUUUGGCUGCCAUACAUCCAAGGAAUCCCUGGCUGAACGCCUCAGCAGCGGGAUGUUGGCGGAGUUUCGAGGCACUUGCGAGGUCCUGGCCAACGCCUGUGUGCUGCUGGAGCAGAUGGGUGCCGCUCCCAUCUUGGCGGACGGUCUCGUGGCGGGCAACUGCGCGGCAGUGCUACGCGACAACGACGAGGAGAUGCUCCUUGUGACCAGAUCCGGGAAGGCGGCCGGAAAGCAUCCCACAGAGCAGGACUUUGUGACGGUGCAAUCCUUUGACGCCAAUGCUUGGAGUUGUAACUUCUGUGGCUAUCCGGAGAUGAGACCCACCUCUGACACGCCCUUGCACUGGGCGGCCCUGAUGCGUGCGCAGCGGACCUUCGGCUGGUCCGAGAGGCCCUUGGUGACGCUGCAUGGCCAUGCGCUGGCGGAGAAGGAGGGUCUGCGGAUCGCGGAGCAGUUAGAGCUGCCCAUCAGCCAUGACGAGACAUUGUUCAGUACACCCGAAGAUGUGGAGGCUCUGAUGACUUUGUUCAAAUCCUUUCCGUAUCCUCAGCACAAGGUCUUCAUUCGACGUGGUCACGGGUGGUUCACCAAGCCCGGUCAUCUCAGAUACAAGGCGCCUCCCCCAGACAUUGUAAGACUGAUGCGCAGCACGUUGGCGUCGGUCUUCGAAGGAGGCAGACGUUCUGAAGCUCAAGCCGUGCUGCGUGAAAGUUUCUGUGACAGAUUCGAACGGCUUACUCGUGAGUUCACGGAAUGGUGCACGGCGCCCUACAUCGCAGAAGACGACGAAGGUGAUGAUGAGAGCACAGCAGAGGAGACGGAUCAAUCGAAGCCAAAGGCUGCUGAGAAUCUCGAAAGGCCCCUGCUGCAGCGGCUGGUCAACAGCAAUGGCUUCGAGGCGUGCAGCAUGAUGUCCAUCAUCCUUUGUAUGUUCUUUCUUGGUGCUGAUGCGGCUUGCUUCACAUGCCAAGACGGCACCAAGGUCUUCUACGAAGUGAUGAAUCAGCUCUUUGUUUUUGCCUUCUUGGUUGAAUGGUGCCUUCGUGUGGCGAAGGAUGGCAAGAAAUACUUCCUGCCGUUGAAGGCUGAGCACGUAUUGGAUACGCUGAUCGUUUGGGUCUGUGGUGUACUUCUUGGGUGGAUCAUUCCCUUGACGCUUCAAGAUGUGAAGCGAAGCCCGAUCACUCAGUCCUUGAAUGUCUUGCGAAGUAUGCGAACCCUGCGAUUUUUCGCGUUCUUGAAGAAUUUCGAUACCUUCAAGAUGUUGCUGGCGGGCUUACUGGGCACCAUCUCCACAUUGGCCGCCUGCGUCAUCUUGCUGGCCAUGCUGGACCUUCUGUUCGGUAUCAUUGCCAUCGAACUCAUCGGCCGCUUCGAACCUUGGGGGCUGGCAGAACGAGGUACGGCUGCCUGGAACUUUCAAAAUGGCCUGAGCUGUUGGAGAAGCAGCCCUACAUUUGGAUCUUCUGUUUCUGCUACAUUGCAAUCUCCGCCUAUGUCAUCCUGA